AUGCCUGCUGACAAAGUCAAGAAAGCAUCUCCUGCACAAAAAACUAAGGGAACCAAAGGAAAAAGUUUGGCUGUCAAGCUUGGUUUUAAAUCUGCAUCAACAAAGAAGUCGACUAGUAUUAAAGAGAAGAGUGGUAAGAGACCAGUUCGAGGUAAAGCUGGAUUUAGUUUAUAUCCCAGUGACAGUGAUAUUGACAAUGUAGCUACAUUAAAUAAUGAUAUUGAUAAAUGUUCCAAUAUACUUCAACAAAUGAUUGCAGUUAAACAAGCGAAAGAGAAAGCUAGUCCAGAAUCUAAGAAAAGAGGAAGUAAGAAAACUGGUUUCAAGAAAGAAAUCAUUAUUCCAACUGCCAACCCAGAUGGAGAUAGUUCCAAUGCCUCAAAUCGUGUGAUUUACAAAGAAACCUUGAUGGAAGUUAGAACUCCUUUUAAUACUAGGCUGAUCUCGUCUACUCCUGAUCCUGAUAAAAUAGAUGAGAGUAAUGUCCCCUUGCAAGCUAACACUCAAAACAGAAAUAGUAGUCAAGUUCAAACACAUGAUGGACAGACUGUUACAUCAGCUGUAGUUACCAUGACUUCAGCUUCUCCUAGAACGUCUGCUCCAGUUGGAAUGACUCAGCAGUUUGUCAGUGCCAGAGAUUUGAUGCGUCCAAUUGCCCAAGCUCAUGUUUCUCAAGAUCAGAAUUACGUUCAUAUCCAUAAAAUUUCCAGCAGUUCCUUGUACCAUCACAACAUUGUUAAUAACGGUUCAAACGAGGUUACAACUAGCGCUACAGAUUUGUCCAAUCACAGACCUGAAUACAUGACACCACCUUGUCGACCAGACGCAGUACUGAAAAAUGGGAAACAGUGCUACAGCACUGAUGAGUUAGCUUAUGGUCAACGAAGCACUGAAUCUCCUUUGGAUUUGAGUGGUCCGAAAACUAAUGAAACAUCCUUAAAUUCUUGCCACCAACGCCCCUUAAGCACAGACAGCAUCGAUGAUCUUCAUAGAAAAAAUUUAAUCAAUUUUGAAUCCGAGGAAGAAUACGAGAGAGUCGAAAAUCGUCGGGAAAGUAACAUUGAAGAUCUCAAAUGCUACAUUGAUAAUGAUGAAGUGUCGCCACCUGCUGGAUUAAAAGCACCUAAGCAGACGCGGAAAUCCUUGAAUGAUAUCUAUGAUCAACAGGGUGAAAAACGAAACGAUUCAAGUCUAAGACAAACAGACAGUUAUGAAUUCAGCAUUAAAGAACAACAUGUGGAAAAGGACGGAUCUGAUGUGCCAGAUUUUCGCGAAAACUUAAAACAUUUUCAAGAAGCUGCGAAGACAUCUACCACUAAUUUGAAAACUGGGAGACUGGAAGUGCCACAACCGACAGCCGCAGAAACCAUAUUUAUCAAUCAAAUCCAAUAUCCAACUAGUCAUAAACCUAAUAAAUUUCUGAACAUUGAUAUAGGUGUGACGCCUAUGCCUAGUCCGGUCAGAAUGGCUGAACCUCGGGCUCGUGCCAUUUUGGGGAGACCCCAUCAUGCUCUUAGCCCAGAUGAGAAGUCGGAGCCUCAGAAGCCACGUAGUCCAUCUCAAAGUGUCAGUCCACCACAAAAAGUCAGUCCACCACGCUCUAUGGAACAGACUGGACAUUUUUCUCCUCGAUUAUCACCUACACCUGAUGCCACGACAAACUGGAAUCGCAGACGAGAGUACAACCACCAUAGAUAUGAUGAGAGUUUGUCACAGCCCAUGAUAACUCCAGCUAAACAUCAAUCUGGUCAAGGCGUUAUGGAUGAGGAUGACGAACUGUUUAUCAAUGUUAUCGAGUACCCAACAGAAGAUGGUGAUGAGACCACAGAAGAACAAGUGAUGUCCGAUCGUCACCAAAUAAAAGAUCUUCCACCACAUUUUGCACGCUUUGGUUAUCUUUCUGACACGCCAGCUAACUCACCAAUGAGAUUUCCUCGUCCACGAAGUCAAAGUUCAUCUCGGCUUUCACAGUUAGCUGCAGAAGGUAACCAAGGGCAACCAAAAAAAUCUGAUCAUCCCUUUUUAAGGACUAUUUUGUCCGAUAAAACAGAAGGCAUGCAGGACCCUGAAUUUCCUGAUGAUGCCGAACCACUGAAAGAUGCUGAAGCCUUCCCUCAGAUGUCUACUGCAUUUCCUGUUCAACCAAUCAAAGCUCAGUUUCCACAUUUGAAUUACGAUACUCCAAUGAAUUCCCCUGUUCGACCAUUUUUCAAUGGUAGAGUCGAAGCACCUCCAGUAAAGGAGAGCGAAUUAAAGGGAGAUUAUGGGCAACCCAUUCCAACAACCAAUGAUCCAACUGCUGGUGUUAAGAAGUUAAGAUGGCUGCUUGCAGAGUUAUUGGAAGUCUGUGACAUUGAUGGUGAUCCUGAUAUGUGUCAGUUAGCUCAAGAUUUAUCAAACACCCUGGAAUCCAUACCACAGUUGAAACUUACUUUUAAUCUUCAAACAGAGAUAGAGCUAGCAUUGCAACCAUUACGUACUGAAAACAGUCAACUAAGACGGAGAUUAAGAAUUGUAAAUCAACAACUGAAGGAAAGAGAAAGAUUAGAAAAAGAAGCUAGUACUUCAAGUGGGGUUAAUUUUCAAGUUCUACAACUCCAAGCUAAUAACAGCAGCUUACAAAGACAGCUAAAGGAAGAGAAAGAAGAACAAAUGAAACUCUCUAAACAGAUUGAAGAAUUGGAGAGAGAGAAGGAUAAAUAUAAACAAGAACGACAGACUUUACUUCUAGCUCUUGGUGAAAAGGAUACUGACAGGCUCAAGCUCCGACAAGAAAGUUCACAAGAAAACCAGAAAUUACGUCAAGAUUUGGCUUUGGCACAGACUCGAACCGAAGGAAGUAGUUUAAAACUUGAGGCUUCAGACCGAGAAAACCAUAUUUUAAAGAUCUCCCUUAAGCAACGAGAUUCCGAAAUCGAAAGGUUGCAAGAAGUUGUACACACAUUAAAAGAUGGAGUAAAUGAAGUAUUAGGGUGUAUUGAAAACCAAUCUGGUAAUAAUAGAGGUGUGCCCUCGGUUCCUGCUCCUGACACAGACAAUCCUCGGGCCAGUAUCAGUCUUCAAAGGUUAUUACAGCUGGUCCAACAGGAAAACUACCAUGCCAGCUCAGAUAAAAGUAUGCGAUCUGAUCCAGGAUCAGUCUCGAUACUAAAACCUUCAACCAAUCAGCAUGUAGAAUUCAACGCUGCAUCGAGACACAGCAAUUCUCCAUUGACCCAGAAUGCAUUAGCGGAACAUAAUCGUAUAUUAAAAACCACACGACAUAAUGCAGUUACCAUGACGACUAAACCUGUUGACAACCAGAAAGACCUGAAAAAAACAGACCAGAAUGCAAAUAUUACUGAACAUGUGAUCUCAAAUGACCAAUCACGUUACAGUGUUACUGACUAUUUCAAGAAAUACUCGUCAAAUACUUUAGAUAAAUCAGACCGUCUAUCACCCAUUCCUACCUCCAAUGAAGAAGAGAUUAAGGGGAGAGAAUUCAACAUUUCAUUAGGUUCAAUACAGGACGAUGUUCAAUCUGUGAUGUCAUCAGUAUCAGAGUCCUCAACAUCAACAGCUGUGGAUGAUUCUGCCUUCCGCGAAGGAAUCGCAAACUUGGACGCCAAUAUUGCCAAAGUACAAGAAGCUUUACAACGAACCAAAAAAAUUUUCUCGUGA